UUUGACCCAAGUUUUUUCGGUUUUGUUUUUUGUUUUUUACAGCUUUAUUAAGGUAUCAUUUUUGUUUAGAUUAAAUAAGCGUUAGUCCACUAAAAUCCACCCAUGUGGUUAGCUCUUGGCUGAGCUAUCAGACGCUGGUCCUCACGGGAGGAGUCACAACCAGGUGGGGCGGGUACCAACCUUUGAGUAUCGGAAGUAAAGAUCAAAGAGGAAGCAACCACAUUCAGGACUGGGAACGCCCACCUCCCCUACUUCCGGUCCCGUUCUUGCUGGGCGCUCGACGGAUUGGCCCCCGGAACAGAGGGCGUGCUUGGGCGGGACUUCCGGUCUUUUGGAGAGGAAAGACGCUUCCGCGGGUUGAGGGAAGAUUUGAACUGCUGAUUUCCUGUGUUUAUUUUGCGGGGAGGUGGUUGGCGUUUCAGCUUCUCUCCCGCUGCUGACUCGACGAACGUCUCGGCUAAAAAUAUUCUCCCUGUGGCCUUAUUCCUCUGCGCUUGUCACUGUUUUCUCUCAUCAAGAAACAUAACUUGUUGGUAAUUUGUCAGAUUCAUGAAAUAUCCAUCGAGAAGCAGUCGUGGGCAGACUUCAAGCAUUUUGGCAAAUUAAAGCACAGGGGCCGUUGAUUGGCCUUAUUUCCGCGACUUUUCAUCUCAGAAUUGCCGUGUUGAGUCCCAAGACGUUGGUGGUUGUUUUGGUGAGGCUUUUUCUGUAACUACAUAUUGCCAUUUUGAAAAAUGAGGUCCAAUUGAUGUCAAGUACAGACUUGUCAAUCUUCUCCUUGGAAGGACAUUUUAUCCGUAGUCAUAGUAAUGGCAGCUGAAGUGCAAAUGGUACUUUAUGAAGAUGAUUCCGUGCAAGUGCAAUAUGCUGAUGGUUCCAGACUACAGCUUUCUCCUUGUGGCUCUGAAUUUUUAUUUGAAAAGGCACCUCCUGUUUCAGCACAUCCUUUAGAACGACCAGAAAGAAUUCGUCAAAGGACACAUUUUGUUAUCAGCACUUACCGAGAGCAACUACAGCGAGCCCUAGAUUUUCGAAAUUCUUUUGCUACUUGCCCUUUUUUAUCUGAAAGCAUCAUACCUUCUGAAAGAAAAAAGCGUAUCUUCAUUGACUUCUCAGAAGUCAGAUGGCCCAGUCCUGAUACUGAUGAUGGCAUGCUGUGUAUGCAGAGCGGCACCGUGAAGAUAUCAUCAUUAGAUGGGCAUGCAUACCUUUGUCUGCCGAGAUCGCAGCUUGAAUUUACAGUACAUUUUUUGUGUAAAGUAAGCCAGAAGCCAGACUCAUCUAUAGUAUUGUCAGAAAAGAAGAUUCAAGCCAGAAAGGACAAACUAGAUGAAACAGCAGGCAAAAUCUGUACAUAUGGAAGUUUAUCAAGACAGAGACUGAAGAAUAAAGAAAACGAACUUUACUAUCAGACCAUGAAAUCCAAGGAACCUUUAGAGAAAAAGAGCUGUGUAAAUGGAGCCGAAGGGAGUGGCGAGCCACCUCUGCCUGGUACAAAACACAUGUGUGUAUACACGUGGGUGAAACAAUGCUGGCCUGUGGCCUCCUGUCCAGAGGAAUGGAAAUAUCCCUUGUCUUUAGCACUGCAUUUGCAUGAUAAAAUCAGCAGUGUGUCUAGAAUUGAUGCAGCCAUCACCCAGAAUAAAACUUUGACUUCUGAUAUUUCAGAGGAAAGAGGAAAAGAGGUUUCUGUUCUUCCCAGGGCCCUGUUACUCAGCUGUCCUGUCCCACACCUGCACAGGUGGAAUUUUUGUGAUUCACUUUCACAAGGACAGUUUGAUGAAGAAUAUUCCUAUCCUGAACUAGUGAAAGUGGUUUGGUACAAAGGUGUAACUUAUCGACUUACCCAUAAAAAUGUGAACUCAAUAGAGAUUUAUCCUGGAGAUGGCUCUGUUUUCAAAUCUGAGGGAGCUUAUUUUGGGAGCUAUUUUACUUAUUAUUCCAUUCAGGAAGGAUCAGAAGAGAAAGAAGAGAAAACUUAUUCAGUAAAUAACCUUCCUCCUGAUAGACCAGGAAGUCUGUUCUCUGUGUGUUCUCUAAUUAAACAGGCAACCAGAAUUCUUCAGCACUGUGCGAAGACAAGGCUUUCUUUAAGCCAUAACUAUCGUAUAUGCUGCUGGAAAAUGGUACCUAGGAUAAAUGAUAGCAAUAUACUGCCUUUACUUUUGAGAGAAUCGCUCAUACCCAGCGUGGGAAGAUUUCUUGCAUACUCUGAUGACAAAGUACAUGCUCUCUUUUUAAAUGGCAUUACUCUAACCCUAAAUUGGAAUUUCAGCUCUUUUACUGAAAAGAGACAGGUAAAUCAAGGUCUCAACUUAGCUUGGUGUAAGUUAACUUUUCCUGAUGGGCAAGAUCAGUUAAUUCAUAUUGGACACCCUGGACCAUAUGAAAGAUAUGUGACAGCAGUCGUAUCAUGGUGCAGAAGCCUGACCCAGACUAAUCAGAGAGAGAUGCCCACACAUUCUUCAUCUUCUAUUCUUGAAGAAAAUUGGUCUGUGGCCUCUGAACUUGAAAAGAUAAAGAAGUUUAACUUGUUACUGGAGAAUAGUGGUAUCCUAAACCAGAUUUCCAACAAAGAAAAUGAACAGUCAUCUGAUCAUUAUGAACCAAAACCUUCAGAAACCUUGCUGGAAGAAGUUAAUGAAAAGAGAGUAUCAGUGGCAUUGAAAAAAACUUCUGAAAUCCUUCAGGAUAUUGACUAUCUUCUAUUAAAUUCUAAAAAGUGAAUCACAAACCUUAAGGAUGUUGUUUCAAGUGACUAGUAUUACUAGAAGCCUUCCAUGUUGUUCUUCUAUAGCUCUAGAAAGCCUGGAGUAUAAGAUGUACAAUGCUGCCAUAAGGGCAAUGUGAAAUUGUUACUACAAUUGAGACAAAUUGUCCUUAUCAUGACUAAAAGCA